UGAUUCUCCGCGCCUGCAGGCAAUCGCAGUAGCGUCCCUGUACACUGGAUGAUUGCUCUCAGCCCGUCAUCCUGGCCUUCUUUCCGGGCUAGGAUCCUUCCGUGAUCGUUCAAUUUUUCCCCCUUCUUCUUUCCCUUGCUUCCUUGUUACUAUUCCUAUCACUUUCAUUCAAGCCGCAACCUCUUUAUCCGGCGCAAUGAACCUUUCCCUUAUUGACCCCUUUGUCCUGGCUCAGGACUACCCGGACACCCUAACAGAGAAACUGAGAAGCGGCCAUGCGACAUGUUUACGCUUCAAUCGCAAGGGCGACUAUCUAGCCUCCGGACGAGUAGACGGUACCGUGGUGAUAUUCGAUAUAGAGACAAAUGGGGUGGCGCGAAAACUACGGGGUCAUACGAGGCAGAUUCAGUCGCUCAGCUGGUCUAGGGACGGUCGAUAUCUUCUGAGCUCCUCUCAGGAUUGGAAAUGUAUUCUAUGGGAUCUGAAAGACGGUUCGCGGGUGCGCACCGUCCGAUUUGAAGCGCCAGUAUACAUUGCCGAACUACAUCCUUACAACCACUUGCUAUUUGUCGCCUCUCUAUUCGAAGAGCAGCCCGUGCUCGUCGACGUCUCGUCUCCCAAACCGAUUAAGCGCAUCCUCCCCUCCGCCCCAUUCCGCCCCAAGUCAGAAGAAGUCGACCCCGCCGUGGCCGCAAAGCAAGCGGCCCAGGAUGCAAAGCAGUCGACCUGCGUGACCAUAUUCACCGCGCUUGGGAAUCACAUCAUCGCAGGAACCUCCAAGGGCUGGAUCAAUAUCAUCGAGACCCAGACCUGCACGACCAUCCACUCCACGCGACUCUGCAACGGCGUGGUGAUCCUCAUCCGCCUCUCCAGCAACGGACGAGACCUCCUCAUCAACAGCUCCGAUCGAGUCAUCCGCACAAUCCUCAUGCCCGACCUCUCCCAGCUCGGCAUCGACCUCGAACCCGCCAGCAUCAAACUCCAGGUCGAACACAAAUUCCAAGACGUCGUCAACCGCCUCAGCUGGAACCACGUCACCUUCUCAUCCACCAGCGAAUUCGUCACCGCAUCCACCUACAUGAACCCAGACAUCUACGUCUGGGAACGCAGCCACGGCUCCCUCGUCAAGAUCCUCGAAGGGCCGCGCGAAGAGCUCGGCGUCGUCGAAUGGCACCCCCACCGACCGAUGGUCGUCGCGUGCGGCCUCGAGUCCGGCAACAUCUACACAUGGUCGAUCGUGACGCCGCAGAAAUGGUCCGCCCUGGCCCCUGACUUCGGCGAGGUCGAAGAAAACGUCGAGUACGUCGAACGCGAGGACGAAUUCGACGUCCACCCCGCCGAAGAGAUCCACAAGCGCCGUCUCGACCAGGAAGACGAAAUUCCCGACGUCCUGACCAUCGACUCCCAGAAAAGCGGCGCCGACGAGGACGUCGAAUCCUUCCGCAUGCCCGUCCUCCUGGAUAUCUCCGACAGCGAGAGCGAAGAAGACAUCGUGGCCGUGGGGCCGGGGACCAUGCGUCGACGGAGCCCCGGUGCCGGUCGCGAGUGGAUGAACGACGGCGAUAAAGACUCGACGGCCGGGGGUGGGAGAAACGGGACCGGUAGAGGAGGAAGGGAGCGGCGACGAUGAACUACCCUCUCCCCUUGUCUUCCCAUCUCUUUCUUCUCUUUCUUUUCUCUAUCCAUCUGUCUUAUUAUCUCUUUUGGUUCAUCAUUUAUGGAAGGCAAUUUUGGUUUGUUUUAUCAUUAGACCGUUGGGGUUUGAUGUCGGUUUUCUUUUCUUUGGCUGUCGUUGAAGGUCAUCUAUGAGGUUAUGAGCGUUUCUGGCGACGAUUAGUUGCCAUAUCUUGGAAGUACCGUACCUACCUAUUUAUACCCAAUACCACCAUAUCUUAC